AUGUCAGAUUCGGACUCUGAGUCAUUUCACAGCGCGAACGAAAUCCUGUCCGACUACGAGCAAGAAGCAACAGUUUUAGCUGCAUCUUCACGGGAACCAUUUAGUGCAGAUGCUGUCGAAAAUUGCUCUAAAAAAUUUGCAGAUGGAGGAGCAGGAGCAGAGAAGACAGUUGUCGUUUCUUCAAAACUGUCUAACGCUUGCACACGAGGAAAAAAAAAGGUUGAAGAAGAAAGCGCUCUGAGCAGGCAGCGGAAUAGCACUGCUGGUAAUGCGUCAAAAGUGAAUGAGGUUUCCCGGUCUUCAGAAAACUUUAUUACCAAGGAGGAGGAAAGACAAAUUUUUAACGACACGGGAAAACCAAUUGGAGCAAAAGCUGAGGAGCAUGGUUAUGUGGGAAGUCAUGUUGUUUUAAAUUGCCGUAAUGAAUCUUUUGGGAAGCUGAACAAAACCCGGAAACAGAAAAGUGAUUUUAAUACAACCAAAGCAAACUCUGGUGAUGAUCAGCGUGAACAGAAGGACUCACGGUUACACGGAUUAGAACAGUUACGUAAUGAGCACGGAGAAACUGACGGAUGGGAGGACUGGGGUAAUGAAGAUUUUUUUGCCGAAGAUGAUAAUCCUUCAGGAGUCACAGAAUCUCAGGCUCUAACGGUCACAGAAGAGGGUCCCGAUGGUAGGGUCUUUAUUAAGGGUUCCGGAAAAAAGUCGUUUUGGGGCUGGGGUGAUAUCUCCGGUGUGAUUUCUGCGGUUGGUGGAGGUCUCUCAACUGCAGUGGAAGCUAGUUUGGGUUUACCCUCUCCAGAAGAAUUAGCUGGUCAUGGACGUUCUGAACCGCAGGAUAAUGACAGCAGUUCAUCUGUUUUGGAAAAUUCUUUGUAUUUUCUAAUUCAGAAUGAGAGUAUCAAUGCUGAAAUUAAUGCGCUGGGUGGAUUCCUUUCUAGUAUUGGGUCUACUGUUGUCACUAGUUCGCUUGACGUCCUUGAAACGCUUGGAAAGGCUACUUAUGAGAAGCUGACUGUACCUAAGGAGGCAUGUUUUGAUGACGGUAAAAGAAGACGUUUAAUAUUUGAAGCGCAAGAGAAUAUCAAUUUGUCUGAUUUCCUUAAAGAGUUGCGGGAGAAGCAGCGGUCUGCUGGAGAUGAUGAGACAGCGUCUUCGAAAAAAGUUCGCGCUGAUGUCACCUUUAUUGACUUGUUUGAGUCUUAUGGCGGCUUUGUACAUUUAGAGGGCCUGGAGAUGCUUUCAGCGGGUUCUUCUUUAGAGAAAAAUGAUUGUCAUUAUUUUAAUAUUUUGGUCGACAAGGUCGUAGAGAAACACGCGGCGGAAAGUUCAGAAAAACGUCUCGGUCAAGAAGACUUUUCCUCCACUUUGAAGUCGCUUUUGACGAAGAUUGGCCUACCAUAUGACGGUUCGCAUUUGCUAGAAUGUGAAAGGCAUUGUUCCCAGAGGUGCUUACAGUCUUCUGACACUGCUAAUGAGACUUUUAUCAUAUCCCUCGAAGUCAUUGCUGAAUUUACUGCCCAUAGUGUUCAAACGUUGCACAAACUUGGCCAGCUGACGCUGAUUGCUGCGUCAGAUGUUGAUGAAGUCUAUUUUUUGCGUUUUCUAGAAGUAGUAGGAGACCGUAUUAAUUUCUUUGCAAAUGUUUUUGUUCAAAAGAUUAACAAUUUUCCUGAGGAAGGAGACAAGGUUGAAGACAUGAUAACCGGAGUUUUCUUAGCGUCUGAAGAUGGUUUUACUUAUGUACAGCAGUCUGUUCGUUUACUAGGACCACUCAUUGCGCAAAGUACUACUCGUGAAUAA